GGUUCAAACAAGUCUAUAGUUGGCACGACACUGCGAUGAUUUGAAACAUCAAAAGAAUAAUUAUGUGAAUUAGACAAAGAUAGAACAUCUGUAGGUAUGACAGUGGUUAGGGUUUCAAACAAGGUUUGGGGUAUCUAAGUAGGGUUCCAAAUAGGGUCUCAGAUUAAUCUUUCAAACAAAGAUUGGGGUAAUAAGGUUUUCAAACAUGGGUUAGGAUUUCAAAUCCGGCUCUCAAAAAGAGAGGGUUUCAAAUCGAUAGGUUUCCAAUUAACCGGCAUUACUUGUGACGGCCGCCAUCUUGCGUGUCAUAGAAGUCAGAGAACACAGGUGAUAGGUGAAGUGUGAAGUUUUUUUUUUUUUUCCCUAUCGUUAGUUUAUCCGUUUGGUUAAGAGUUAUAAUGUUCAAAAAGGGAAUCCUGGGACUGUGUUGAUGUCAUUGGAAACCUAUCCAUUAGGAUUUGAAGACAGGGUCAUAGUUUCAAGCUAGGGAUAGUGUUUUGAGCCAGUGUUAGGGUUUUAAAUUAGGGUGUCAAGACAGUCUUUGGUUUUCAAACAAGCAUUGGGGUAUUAAGUAGGGUUUGUACUUUAGCCAGGGUUUGGGUUUACAAUCCUACGGUAGGAUUUCAAACAGGGGUUAGGGCUUUAAACUCUCCCUAGGGAAUCACUAAAUGUGGAACAUCAUGUGACCAACAUGGAAGAAAAGAAUAGCUGAGUACUAUGCUAAUCCGAAUAACUUCCGAAAACUUGGUGGUCGACAGAGGAAGUGAUGGAGGAAAUGCUCCACAUCCUGCAGGGGAAAUCAAAUGCCCUGAGAUGGAAGACGCCAACGUUUCCUUCACUAUCAAAGAAGAGAGUCCGGAUGAGGUUCUAUGGAUCAGUGAUCCAGCCACCUCUGGUUCAUCUUUGCAGUACCAAAAUGUGUCUGAGGGGUUUGAGGAGGACCGCCAGAAGACUGCCUCUAACUUCGCGGACUCGUUUGCAUCAGGUGAGCGCGGCGGCGAAGCAAGCGGCCUCCACUUGCUGGUCAAGACGGAGAAAGAGGAGACGGCGUGCCAGUUGGGCCCAACGAAACAAAACCAACUGGCUCACUUGUGUCUGGACGAGCGGGACCACCAGCUGUGGUCAUCCAUCAUUGACGGGGACGACAUAGACUCUGCUUUCCCGGACUUUUCCAGUGUGGUGGACGAAUAUUCGGAUGUCUUUCCAGAGCAGCCGCGAAAGUCGGGCAGUAUCUCUCAUCAGCCCUCGCAGGCGUUCUGUAAUAGUGCUUACGAUGGUGAGGACCCGGCAUCCUCGGCCUUUCCACCCAGACCUCAGUCGGAUCUGCGCAAGGAGCAGCUCUACCCGCAAAGGCGUCCCCAAGUCGAGGAACCGUUGGACGAGGUGGCGGCGAUGGCCCACUGUGAGACGACCCACCGGCCCUUUCCACGAGGCUUUGCCUGUGCGCAGUGCGGCAAGACCUUCUCGCGCCUGCACCAGUUCAAGCUGCACCAGCAGAAUCACAAGCGCAAGCGGGCCUUCUGGUGCGCUGUGUGCGGGAAAGGCUUCCAGUGCUCGUCUCACCUUAGCAUCCACCACCGCACGCACACCGGCGAAAAGCCGUAUGCCUGCUUGCAGUGCGGAAAGCGCUUCACGCAACAGAGCAGCCUGCGCGUGCACCAGCGCACGCACAGCGGCGAGCGGCCGUACAACUGCACCCAGUGUGGAAAGACCUUCAUCCUAAUGCACCAUCUCAAGCGACACUGCGUCAUCCACACUUACGGCUGAGAGGCUUUGACAGCUUAGCAUACAGAUUGUACAGCUUUUUUUUUUAAACUAUGCAAGAAGAAAGGUUUGGUUUUAAAGGUCAUGAUCAGAUAUGACCACAUUUCCACCAAGCGUACCAUUGUGCCGGACUAUUAAAAUGACCUACGCAAGGAGUUGGUGGACCAGCAGAGCCGUACCCGAGUCAGGGAACUGACUGACGGGGUGCCGGCGGCUGUCUCACAAAUUCCUGUCCCCUAGUCAGGUAACUGUCUGACCUGGACGUCGCUCAACAGCCCUGCCAUGCACCUGUUUAGGCACGACAGCGCUAAGUCCCUGUACAACUCUCAAGUGUGACAUUGUGCUUGUUGGACAUGCUGUCGGCUACCUUUGUACCCAGACCUUAGGUAGAGCCAUGCUUCGAGCAAGUCUACCCGCAGAGGCCUCCCCAAGUCUGGGAAGUAUCGGACAGGGUGGCAGCAGCUGUGUGGCUGUGUCGCUUUCAUCGGACCAGCUGCAACCUACAUGCCUCUACCGCUCCUUAUAUUCACGCACAGUGACGGAUCACCGUUCAACUGUGCUGAGUGCUGGCAGAAUUGUGCUUGUUGCACGGACUGUCGGGUGACCCUGCUUCCCAAUUCUUAGGACCACCAGUGCAAAAGAACAGGUCUAUCCGGAGAGGCGUCUGCGAGUUGGGGAACUGUCUGAAGAGGUGGCGGUUGCAUUGCAUGUCUGCCUGCCACUAGCCGGACAUUGCGCGCCAACCUUUGCGGUGGGUCGCAUGCGCACAGUGCAGCAUGACCGUCAUCCACACCUCAGCAUGGACGUUGUAAGGUUCUUUUUUGACUAUGCAACAAGAAACAGUGGUGUGUUUCUUGGUUUUAAAGGCCCAUAUUGGAUUGGACUGCCUUUCCACGGAACGGUGUAGUUGUUAGGUACCAAAAUGGCUCCUGUUACCCUGGUACCAGAACCACCUCGGAACAGAAAUUCCUAUGACUCAAGUCUGACUCUUUCGAAUAGAAUUUACUGUGUGACGUCUCCUUUUAAUUAAAUUAUUCUUGUUGAAUGAA